UGCUGGCCCGACCUCAGCACCGAAGACGACGGUGCCGACAUCUCAGUCGCCAUUUCCUACGCCUGUCAGCAGCAUGCCCACGACGGCCCCUGCCAGCAGCAUGCCAACGGUGACCCCGACAGCGAAGUCCACCUCGUCGACCUCAGCGCCUACAACGGCCCCGACGAAGAUCGAAGUGCCUGCGAGCGAGAAGCCUUACGCAAACACGCCAACAUCCGCUUCUCUGAGCAAGACACCGAGCGACUAUGAUCAGACGACCACGGGCGCUACUGAGGUCCCUGCCACUACGCCGAUUCCGAGUCAGUCGACAACGGUGGCGCCGGCCAACAAGUCGCCAAGUACAGCGUCGUCGCAACGUCCGACAUCCGCCCAAGGCUGCACCAACGUGAGUGUCGUCGGCGAUGCUACCUAUUGCAUCGCAGGCCCGGUGUGCUCGGGUGCCGGCCUCAUCCCGGCAGGCUCCAAAUGCCCCGUCAAGAACGACGCCGCCAUCGCGGCCUGCAUCAAAACGCUGAAGAGCUACGUCGACGGCGUCAACUGCCGCGCCCCGGUGGAUGCUGUGUGCCAGAAGAUCCCGUCGGGUGUGUGGGGAUGUGUGUUCCCGACGGUGUCCACCAUCCCGAAUGCGUACCCGGCGCCAACGCCCGCGUCGUCGAUCCCGACAAGCUACCCUGUCCCAACUCCGGCGUCUACCUUCCUCCGUGCUUAGCUGUAGCCUCGUAAACAACAAAUGCAUUGUUAGUACAAACAAA